AUGGGUUCGGAGGGCUCAAGUGCCGAUGGUUUAGACGACAAUGGCAAGCAGAUUACCAGCUCAGAGUCCAAUGUUCGAGAUAGAAAUUUGAAUAACGAAAUUUUACCAGAAACUGCACCAGAAACUGACCUUGAAAAACCGAAUGAUAGCGACAGUUUAUUAGUGUCAGAAGGUCCAUUGGAAGUUCGACCACUAAUCCAAUGGCUUCCACAAGAAUUUGAAUACAGUGCGUUUGAUGCAUUUGAGCAUAAUUUGUACCUAGGAACCACCACGGGCGAACUUUUGCAUUAUUUCGAAAUGGAGCCCAACAACUUCAUGCUGGUAUCGCAGACCAAGUUUAAUGACGACAGUAACGACCGUGUUGAAAAAAUUCAAAUUUUAGCAGGUACAGAAAGAUGUUUAGUUCAUUGUGGGCAAUUUGUCAGGUGUUUUUUGUUACCAGAGUUCGCUCCAGUGCCAAAUGCUGUUACAUUUAGCAAGGUCAACGACUUUACGGUUCCGCAAUUGAAGAAAAAGGCCGCGCCGCAUUGUACUGUUCAUAUCUACGAUGACAAGAGCCUUAAAGUUGUUGCCAUUGGGCACGAUGGGAUUUCGGUUAUCAAACAGUAUAAGUUUGCCAAUGUGCGUAAGGCCUGUGUUCACGGUACGACCGUUGUUGCGGCAAAGGGACUAAAUUACGUGAUUUUCGAUCUCCAAACUAAGAGCGAGAGUCCCUUAUUUCAAAUAAGCGAAGCCGAUACCCAACUUGAACCUCUAGUGGUUUCGUUCAGCGAGAAUGAGUUUUUAGUGGUUUGCGGGAGUCAUAAAGAUGAGAGCUGCAUGGCAUUGGUCAUUAAUGAUGAGGGAGAUAUAAGUCAAGGUACCAUUGUUCUUGAGAAGUUCCCACAAAACGUGGUGGUGCAGUACCCGUACGUGUUUGUUGACUGCGGCGACGGUUUAACGCAAGUUUACCAACUAGAGAUCAAUUCAGAGCCCAAAAUUGUCCAAACUUUCCGUGCUUCUGGUCGGCUUCAAUGUCAUAUAGCCAAGGUUUGCAACAAGUAUUGCGCUAGCAAUACAAAAUUCACAAGCGAAGUGACUGAGAAACUGAGAAAGAUCCCGCUUUCUAAAGGGAACCAUGAGUUUGCCAUUAGCCAAGAGCAAGAACACGUCCAGAGCUUGGUAAAGCUUGGCACAUCGUUGUGUGCUUAUGGAUCGAGUGGUAUAAACCUCAUCUUUACGUCCCCUCGCAUCUUAAAAUACAAUGAUUACAGCUCUUCUGCGCUAGACGAAAUCGUCAAAGAUCUGGCGAUUUUUGAGAAAUCUACCCAGAGAGAGCAAGUUUAUCAUCGGCUUGAAUUGUCAUUUUUAAGAACCCUGCAGCUGUUGCUGGUGCUGCUACAUUGUACUCAGGUCGACAUGGAUGUAAUAAAGGAAUGGGGCCAACACCUAGCCACGAUAGAUGGCAGACUUUUUUUGUAUGUCUGCAACGUACCCAUAUAUGGUGACCUUUGGACUCAUAACGGCUUGAAAGUCUUUAUUUGUGAAUUGCGCAAGCUCAAGCUGAAGCACAAAUUUGUCGACUUCUUGUCAAGCAUGCUAUCUUUGAGGUCAUCGGUACGAGACAUUUCUUCGAGCCUAAUGAAGAACAAGGAAAACAUUCUUAAGAGUUAUGACCUCGCAAUUUUGAAAGAGACUUUGGAUAGGAAACUCGAAAUAGACGUGCUCAGUUACGACAAAUCUAGUAUACCUCAAAUUUUGGAAUUACUCAACCGAGACCGACGAGAGAAUUGCGACCUUCUUUUGGCAUUUUAUAGGCGCUCAAACCGCCUCAGGGAAUGCUGUGAUCUUUUAUGGGACUGCCAACGAUAUUUGGAGUUCUGCGACUUUUUAGCAGAAAAGUUCGAUGAUCUUCAAAAAAGCGAUUCUUACAAGACUAUUGACUUAGAAAAAGACAUCAUACGUUUAUUGAACCUUGAAAAUGCGGGAGACGAGAGACAGCAAAUAAUUAAUUCGGUAAACAAGCUAAUAACGCUAUUCGACUUAAACACAAAAGAUUUACUGUCAAGCGUAGAAAGUGGUGAAGUGAAGGUUCUCUUGCUGGAAAGUUUAGGAGCAUUUGACAUGAACGACAGAGGGUUUUUGCUGGACUAUUAUUUGGCCAAACUUCAAGACGGUAUGGAGCACACCCAUUUGUGGAAUUUUUUCGCCGAGGUAACAACAUCUUAUUCUCAAGAUCUUGACAGCAUGAAAUUGAAUAUUGGUGAUUAUUUGAACUUUAAGAUUGAGCGGGAUGGAAGAUGUAAAGAGCUUGUCUCUUUAAUUGGCAAAAUAAAGGCGAUCUCCUCUGAUGAGAAUGUGGAUCUCACUCAACAACUAUAUGAUAAACUGCAGGACUUUGACAUUGGAAACAUUCUUACUUUUCUACUUAUCGAUGAGAGCGCUUGGCAAAAAUUUUUGGGAUCCAGAAUGCUGGAUAUUUUCUUGACCGUCAAUGACUUUGCUUCGAUUGAAUCAUUGGCAAAUGCUUCCAAUCUUGUCAAAAUCCUCGAGCAUUAUAUCGCACUUGUAAAAAUUGACACCAUCGCAAUUGGUGCAGUACACAGGCUGUUGUUGGCAAACAUCGCGUUGCUCAAGAACGAUGAACAAGUCAUUCAAAUUAUUAGAACAUUACCUUCCGAAUACGAAUUUUGCAUGCUGUCCGAUGUGUUGGUCCCGAUAAUAUUGAAAAAAAAAACUAUGCAGAGGAACCAGGAACUUGUAAAAGAGGCCUUAAAAUGUCAAUUGAGAGCCACAGACGGUGUGCUUAAAUCUUUAAGUCUAAAAUGA